UUGAUUGAUUCAUUCCUAUAUCGAUGCUUUGAUGUAUAUAGAUAGCAUGAGUGAAACAUCCUAACCUCAAUACAUAUUUGAGUUUCAAUACGAAACUUAUUUAUUUACAUUAUUUAUCAUAAGCAGGUGAUUUACAAUCAUGAAUACAAAAAAGGUCAUUACUUUCGGGAAAAUUAGUAAAGAUCUGAAGCAAGAACAGCCUCAAAAUGCAGAACCCGUUAGUUCAGGAUUCGGUACGUUUGGCAAAAAAUUACCAGAGACCAAUGUGACAAAGAUGAACGAGAUCAAACCGGAAGAUGAAGAGGAGACUCAAAAUUUAAAACAAGUUAUGGGCAUAACUGGCUUUGGAAAGAAAGCUAAAGCUUUCGAUGUGCAAGAAAUGUUGGAAAACAUUACAAAAACUAUUAAUAGUAAUAAAGCUGCUGCGGUUGGAAAAGAGACAAAGAGUUUAGAAGUUAUAGACAAUCUUUUGGAGGAUGAAUCUGAAAGCAGCGACGAUAAUGGUAAUCAGGAUAACACCGAUAACGACGACGAAGAUUUGAUCGGACCUCCGAUACCUACCAAUCAUGAAACUUCGGAAGAUGCAGGAAAAACUUCAAAGUCUACAAAUAAUGACGAUAGCGACGAAGACGACGAAGAAUCUGACACAGACGAAACAGAAUUAAAAGAUAAAAUUCCGUGCAGUCACGAAGUUACAAUGACUCACGGAACAAAGGCGGUAACUGCUAUCGCAGCGGAUCCUUCUGGGGCAAGAUUAGCUUCAGGUUCUAUCGAUUACGAUGUUUGUUUCUGGGAUUUUGCUGGCAUGGAUUCGUCCAUGAGAAGUUUCAGAACUUUGCAACCUUGCGAGAACCAUCCCAUCAAAUGUUUACAAUAUUCUAUGACCGGGGAUGUUAUACUCGUCAUAUCAGGGUCCGCGCAAGCGAAGGUUUUAGAUCGAGAUGGUUUCGAAAAAUGCGAAACCGUCAAAGGUGAUCAGUAUAUAACCGAUAUGGCGCGUACGAAAGGUCAUACGGCUGGGUUGAAUAGCGGCUGUUGGCAUCCGUUUACAAAGGAGGAAUACCUCACAUGUUCGCAAGAUAGUACAUGUAGAAUAUGGAUUUUAUAUAGACCACGUGGUCAUAAACAUUUAAUAAAGUGCAGAGCACAAAAUGGAGUGAAAACUAUACCGACUACUUGCGGUUAUAGUCGAGAAGGUAACGUAGUUGCUUGUGGUUGUAUCGAUGGCUCUAUACAAAUGUGGGAUCACAGAAAAAACUUUGUCAAUCCGUCGCUGAUACAGAGAAAUGCACACUCGCAAGGCGCUGAAAUAUCAAGUUUAAGUUUCUCUUAUCUCGGACAAAUGCUCGCGACCAGGAGUUGCGACGAUACGUUGAAACUUUGGGAUUUAAGAGCGUUUAAGUCGCCAAUCUUCGAAGCUAAAGAUUUAUACUCUCGCUACGAUACAACAGAUUGCAUGUUUAAUCCGGACGACUCGAUUCUUAUCACAGGAGAGUCGUUGAACAAAGGUCAAACUACUGGUAGAGUUUUAUUCUACGACACAAAAACUUUUGAUGUAGUCAACGAAAUAAGUGUAACAAAUUCGCACGUUAUCAAAACGUUAUGGCAUCCAAAGUUGAAUCAGAUAUUUGUUGGCUGUGGAAAUGGUAUAGUCAAAGUGUACUACGAUUCGAAGAAGAGCUUGAGAGGUGCAAAAUUAUGCGUUGUAAAGUCGCAUCUUAAACAGAAGCACAUCGAGGUGAUGUCGACACAGCAGAUAAUAACGCCGCAUGCGCUUCCAUUGUUCAGGCAGGAUAGACCUAAAUCGGUUCGUAAACAACUGGAAAAGGAUCGUCUGGAUCCAGUGAAGUCAAGGAGGCCAGACUUGCCGAUUACUUCUGGGCAAGGUGGAAGAGUCGCUUCUUCCGGAGGAACGCUCAGUUCUUAUGUAAUACGGAACUUGGGGCUAAGCAAGAGAAUAGAAGACGACCAGGAUCCUAGAGAGGCUAUUUUGAAAUUUGCAAAGGUAGCAGAAGAAAAUCCGUACUGGAUUGCUCCAGCGUAUAAAAAGACUCAACCUCAGACAAUUUUUCAAACGGACGAACAGGAGGGAGCGCCGAGUUCGAAAAAGCAGAAAACUUGAAGAACAUAUUUUAUAUUACACGAACUCUUUAUGUUAUCAUCUAAUGUUUAACUGAGACUUUUUUUAUGUAUAUAAAUACUAGUGAAUUAAAUAAAUGAUUGUAUUAAAAAGAAGGUUUUCAUACAUGUUUUCAUU